AUGCUCAAAAACGUUGCUCAGGUUAUGAUUUACCAUAUUCUUGUUUGCUCAGUUUUUGUUGCUGCAAUGCCAACGACUCCAAUACCCGAGGUAACGUUUUUUCCACAACAAAUCCAACACCUGUAUUAUCAUUUCCACCUUUUCCCGCGACGCGUAUGCGUUUCGAUCGCUCUCAAAUACAAAAACAGGUGUCUUGCCAAUGGCGGUUGGCCAAAGGCGCUCUUUCGCUGCCUGCGUCUCUCAUGCCAAGUGUCAUGUUUAUUUUUUUGGCGGGAUGACACUGACUUACAAUAAAUCUCUUUUCCAGAAUUCAGAACAACAAUCAGAUCCAACCAUGCUCAUUGUUUGGUUGGUCUGGUUUGCCUUUGCCCUUCUAUUCGCAGCUAUCACUGAAUGGUCUUCGAAAAGAAACAACGAGGAUUCUGCUGGAAAAAGGUGAGAUUGGUCUGGAAAUUAUUUUUGAAUAAAAAAAAUAGUUGGUUCCAGAUAUUAUUAUUAUUCGAGACAUUUUUUGCGCGACUUUUGA